AUGUUUUUCCACAUAGUGCUGGAACGAAACAUGCAACUGCACCCUCGCUACUUUGGUCGUAACCUUCGCGAAAAUCUUGUUUCCAAGCUCAUGAAAGACGUCGAAGGCACUUGCAGCGGACGACAUGGAUUUGUGGUGGCAGUUACAGGGAUUGAAAACAUUGGGAAAGGGAUAAUUCGUGAUGGGACAGGGUUUGUGACAUUUCCGGUUAAGUACCAAUGUGUUGUCUUCAGACCUUUUAAGGGAGAGAUCUUAGAAGCUGUUGUUACCAUGGUGAACAAGAUGGGAUUUUUCGCCGAAGCUGGGCCAGUUCAAAUCUUCGUUUCAAACCAUUUGAUUCCAGAUGAUAUGGAAUUCCAGUCUGGAGACAUGCCAAACUACACUACGUCAGAUGGAUCAGUUAAGAUCCAGAAAGAUAGUGAAGUGAGACUAAAGAUAAUCGGGACUCGAGUGGACGCUACUGAAAUUUUCUGUAUAGGUACUAUAAAAGAUGAUUUUUUUGGGUGUGAUCAACGACCCUACAACGGUUUAAACGCACCUUUGUGUACCCUUAUAUCGAGUAGUUUGCAUGUCAUAGAGAGUUAUAUCUGA